GUUUCCGGGGCGGAGCCAGGGAGGGCGGGGAGUUUAGGCUGUGCCGACCCCUGAGCCCCCCUUCAGGAACCGUUCGGAGACCGGGACAUGUCGCGACUGAGAAGAUACGAGGUGGCGCUGGAAGCGGAGGAGGAGAUCUACUGGGGCUGCUUCUACUUUUUUCCUUGGCUGCGAAUGUGGCGCAGGGAGCGGAGCCAGAGACUAAGUCUGGAACCCCCCAGGCUCCCACUGACAAGCUGGCAUCCAUGGAACCAGGGAAAGCAGAAGCAAGAAGCCUUGCCACUGCCCUCCAGCACUACCUGCUGUACUCAGCUCUAUAGACAACCACUCCCAAGCAGGCUACUGAGGAGGAUCGUCCAAGUGGAACUGCAGGAGGCCGAUGGAGACUGUCACCUGAAGGCUGUUGUGCUUCACCUGGCUCGGCGCAGUGUUUGUGUUCAUCCCCAGAACCGCAGCCUGGCCCGGUGGUUUGAGCGCCAUGGGAAAAGGCUCCAGGGGAUUAUACCCAACUUAAAUCUGGUGCUACAAAAGAAAAUGUACUCAAGCCCCCAACAGCAAAACUAAUAAAACAACAUUAGACAGUAA